CUUCUAGGAUUUGUGAGAAUUAGGGUUUUUGGCAACGGAGAGAAUGAAGAGCAAGGAUCGCGGGGGCGAUGCCAAGCGGAGGCGCAAGGAUGAGGCGCCGGUCAUCGAUGAUCCUCGAUUCGCAGGCUUGCAUUCGGAUCCGCGCUUCCAGAAGCUGCCGAAAUCGCGGCUCCGGCUGCCGCUGGAUCCUCGCUUCCAGCGGAUGUUCACGGACAAGGCAUUUGUCGAUCCUUUCAGCCUAGACAAGCGAGGUAGGCCUGUGAAAAAGAAGGAGAAGAAGAAGCACACGCUUGAGCGAUAUUAUAGAAUCGACGAUGCUGCUGCUGCUACGCCGGCUCCCGAGGAGGGUCUCAAGGAUAAAGAGGGAAGCGUCGAUGUGGAAGAAGAUGGAGGAGUUGAGAGGAAUGCAGCCUUGAAGGAAGCAUCCGAUUCUUCUGAUGAUGGAGCUAGCGAGUCAUCGUCGUCGGAAUCAUCGAGCUCGGAUGUUGAUGAUUCUGGAGAAGAAGAAGAGGAAGAAGAAGAGGAGGAGAAAGUUGCCACUACUGACAAAGAGACGAGAAGAUUGGCAGUGGUAAACAUGGACUGGAGCUGUAUCAAGGCUUUAGAUUUGUUGAUGGUAUUCAAUUCCUUCCUUCCAAAAGGUGGUAGUAUAGCGUUGGUUGCUGUCUAUCCAUCUCAGUUUGGUCUGGAGCAAAUGAAAAAGGAGGAGGUUCAUGGUCCAGCACUUUUCAACUCAAAACAGGAUGACGACCAGGAAGAUGAGCUCGACAUGGAGAAGCUGAGAGCAUACGAGAAAUCAAAGCUCAGAUAUUACUUCGCGGUGGUGACUUGCGACUCUGUUAGCACGGCAUCAGCUUUGUACACCGCUUGUGACGGGAUCGAGUUUGAGCGAACAUCAAAUAUUCUGGAUUUGCAGUUCGUUCCGGAUGACAGGGAGUUCACAGUUGAACCACGAGAUGUUGCGUCUCAGAUUGAAGAAGGGUACGAAGCUCCAGAUUUCCAAACGGCAGCUCUGCAGCUAAGCAACGUAAAGCUCACCUGGGACGAUGAUGAACCGGUCCGCGCAAAAAGCUUGCGAAAGAAAUUUGAUCCCGAUGAGCUCAAAGAGAUGGAUUUCAAGGCCUAUCUAGCUUCUGAAGAUGAAGACGAAGACGACGAGAGUAGAAGGGAAAAGUUCAGAUCUUUGCUUCUCGAUAACCCAGAUGAGGCACCGGAUUCCAAGAAAAAAAAGGACGUGGACAUGGAAAUAACUUUCCCAAGUGGCCUUGAGGAACUGAACAAGAAGUACCUUGAACGCAACAAGAAGAACAGAGACGAGAAGGAAGAGACCGUCUGGGAGGCACAACUGAGAAGGAAAAAGGAGAAAAGGCUGGACAGGAAGAAGAAAGAGAAACACGACGAAACAGAUGAGAAAACCGCGGUUGCUGCUGAUGAAGAUGGAUUUAAUGAUCCAUUUUUCGAAUCGGAUCCAGAGCGCGAGGCUGAUGGUGCCUCCGAAUCCGAGGACGAGAAGAUAGUACCGAGGAAAGUGGACAAAGACGAAAGGAAGAAAAAUAGAGAAGAAAGGGAGCUGAAAAAGAAGGAGGACGAACGGCGCAAGGCAGAGCUAGAACUUCUGCUCCUGGACGAAAACGGUGGGAAAGGUGGCGUGAAAGGCUACAAUCUAAAGAAAGGCAAGAAGAGGUCCAAAGCCAAAGCCAAGGAAUCGGAUGCAAAGAAUGAAGAGCUGCUAGCCAAGACAGACUUCAACGAUCCCAGGUUUUCAGCACUAUUCAACUCGCACCACUUUGCCAUCGAUCCUACAGAUCCUCAGUUCAAGAGGUCUGCCACAAAGCUUCGCGCUAUUGCCGAGAUGCAGCAAAAGCGAUUCCAAGGACAGGCUCCUGGAAAUGAGCCAAAACCUCGGGAGAGAAAAGAGAAGCUGGAGCUGUCGUCACUCGUAAGAUCUUUGAAGAGAAAAGCCGCGGCUACGUAGCUACAGGCAGCUAAACCGGGUGAAAUUUCUUCCAAAAAUAAUGGCAAAAAGUAAGGGAGAACAAAAGAUAUGGGACUAAAGCGUUUCCUUCGAGAGCGCAAGAGAUUGAUAACACGGUUGAUAUGGUUGGUGCCCGGCUUGAUCAUCCUCUCGAUAUACAACGGGUUCCA